AUGAACAAUGGGGAAGGAUGGGUGAAGUUGGACGUUGACGGAGCUUACUUGAGAGGUAAAGGAAUUGGGUGCAGUGGAGUUGCGGGCAAUGACGACGGGGCUUUCAUUAUGGGCUUCAUGCACCACGACCACAUCGGAGACAGUCUAUCCGCUGAGCUAUGGGCUGUUCUUCUUAGACUGAAAACCACUUGGGACGCAAGCCAUCAACUUGUGAUUCUGGAAACAAAUGCCUAUGAAGUGGUAGAUCUAUUAUGGAACCAGCAGACGGAUACACAUGCUGAAGUCGGCCUGAUUUUUGAGAUCAAGGCACUUCUUGCACGGGAUUAG